GCCGUGUGGAAGUGGAAGCCGGAAGUGCCUGUGUGUCUCUCCUGAAGGCGGCUGCACUCUUCUUCAUUCGUCUUGGAAACAGAAAUGCAGACGGACGUCCCGAUCAGAAGACAGACGAUCGAUUAUUAUCAUCCGUGAUUAACCAGAGAUCAGUCAUGGCGAGCGAGCCGGUGAGUGUGGUCUUCAAGCUGUACUGCCUGACCGUCAUGACCCUGGUCGCCGCCGCGUACACCGUGGCUCUCCGGUACACCAGGACCGUGUCCUCAGACCUGUACUUCUCCACCACCGCCGUGUGUGUGACCGAGAUCAUCAAACUACUGCUGAGCCUGGGGAUGCUGCUCAGGGAGAGUGGAGACUGGGGCCGCUGCAGGAGUGUGCUGGUCAGUAAUAUUCUCAGGAGUCCGGUGGAGCUGCUGAAGCUGAGUGUGCCGUCGGUGGUGUAUGCUGUCCAGAACAACAUGGCCUUCGUGGCAUUAAGUAACCUGGACGCUGCUCUCUAUCAGGUGACGUAUCAGCUGAAGAUCCCCUGCACGGCGCUGUGUAUGGUGCUGAUGCUCAGCCGCUCUCUGAGCCGCCUGCAGUGGUUCUCCGUCUUCAUGCUGUGUGGAGGAGUCACGCUGGUGCAGUGGACGCCGCCGCAGGCCACCAAAGUCCAGGUGGAGCAGAACCCGUUCCUGGGCUUCGUGGCGAUCGCGAUCGCGGUGCUCUGCUCUGGGUUUGCAGGUGUGUACUUCGAGAAGGUCCUGAAGAGUUCGGACACGUCUCUGUGGGUGCGAAACAUCCAGAUGUACCUGUCGGGAAUCGUGGUGACCCUCAUCGGGGUGUUCGUGACAGACGGGGCCCAGGUCCUGGAGAAGGGCUUCUUCUACGGAUACACGCCGUGGGUGUGUUUAGUCGUCUUGCUGGCCAGCGCGGGAGGAUUGUACACGUCUGUGGUGGUCAAAUACACCGAUAACAUCAUGAAGGGCUUCUCCGCGGCCGCUGCCAUCGUCCUGUCCACCGUGGCGUCCGUCGUUCUCUUCGGCCUGCAGAUCACGGCCACUUUCCUCGGCGGAGCGCUGCUGGUGUGUGUGUCCAUCUACCUGUACGGCCUGCCCAAACAAGACACCAGCAGACUGCAGAAGCCCAGCGCAGACGCAGAGGACACUCAGAAACUGAUGGCAGCCUGAUGGACCGCAGGAGGCUCUGUGGUGGUGGAGGGGGGGUGCACUGGAGCGCUUCGGUUCAUCUCUUUUUAGAUUGCCAAUGUUAUUUGUAUAAGUGUUCUUAAAUAUUGACGCAGCUGAACGUAGGGAUCCUUAUGGGUUUGGAUAGCCGUAAAUUACAGAGCAGAUGUUGAAUCGUGUGUUUAGGGAGCACCUCAUCAUCCAGGAUGGUCUCUGAAUGUUUGCACAGACAGUCUACAGCGGGUCUGUUUCCAUGCGUCACACUCAAUCAGUCCAAAUCCUCUUCAGAUGGACAAACACUUGAAAUGGAGAAAGAUGUCACUGGAGCUGCUGCUCUAUUAUAAAAAUGUUGAGCACUUUAUGUAGAAAAUAUGAUUAAUUUCGUCCACCAGCGUUGGGGUAAUGCAAGUGAUGACUUUUUUCAAGUAAUUAGGAAAGUAAUGCAUUAUUUUUAAAUUUACAACAAAAUAUCAGUUUGAUUUUUGGAGUAAGUAACACAAGUCAAUGUUUUUCUAUUGAUUCACCGACUCUUCUCCUGUUCCUUUGUUGAGAGAGUUUUGGAGUGAAUGCAGAGGUUUAUGAUGAAUUGAUUUACAUGAAGGCUCCAUCUACUAACGGAUGACGGGGCCAGUAGCUCCGGUCUGGGUUCUUAUUUUGGCAGUGGCUUGAUAUCGAAGGCUGCUAGCAGCACUACAACACACUUCUGUGUUCUCAGUGGCCCAGUUUACCAGGAAACGACCGUGCACCAACAAAGAGGACUUUUAUUUAGAGAUUAACAAACAGAGAUUCACAUUUUCUCCACCGGCGUGAUACCAGACUCCUCGUGCCACUGGCAGAACCGAGCAGACACAGUCAGGCCUGAGGAGACAGACACCAUCAGGCGUGACUUCUUAAAGCAGCACACACCUGAGCCACGGCCGCUGGUGACGGAGAACCAGACAUCUACAUGAAUCCAGACACACGUCCUCUGCUCUGUGCCACAGCAUUUUCAUCCAAGUGAUUAGAGAAGCUUUCACAAGGGGAUAGAGGUGAGAGUGCUGCAGGCGGCCUGUGAAACCAUGUCUGGUCAUGUGACACAUACUGUACCAACAGAUGUACUGUUCACGUUUCAGAAGAAAAAUGUUACUUUGCAUGCAUUACAUUCAUGCAAAGACGACGGAAUAUUUACUCACAAUUGCUCUUCUGUGACAAAAGAUGAUGACAGUUGCGUAUUAAACCAUAAGACCAGAAGGAUCACGUCAAAACGCAUAACUAAAGUGGGAAACGGCUUUUUUUUUUUUUAGGCUUCAGGGUGUCAAUGAGAAAAUCUGUCAGAUGCAGUGAAUGCAGCAUCUGUAUUAAUGGUACAUUUAUUCAAAUGAAUGAUUUUUUGGUUUACAAUAAAACUAUUUUAACAAAA